GCGAAGCCGGGUGAUCCGGAACGCGAGAAUUAAGGGGGUGGGAAGGUGUGAGCCGCAAACCCCGAGGAGGGCGGGAAGGAGGAGGAGGCCCCGGGGGUUGGUCAGGCGGAUUGGGGGUCCCGCCGGCAGAGUCCCUCCGCCGCCGGACCGACGCGGGCUGAUUGUGGCGGCCUCGGGUCGGACACUUGAAGAGGGCGGCGCGGUGAGCUUAGCCAUGGCCUCGGGUGGGUAUAACCCAUGUAUAGAGAUCAUUGAACAGCCCAGGCAGAGGGGCAUGCGUUUUAGAUACAAAUGUGAAGGGCGAUCAGCAGGCAGCAUUCCAGGGGAGCACAGCACAGAGAACAACCGAACAUACCCAUCUAUCCAGAUUAUGAACUAUUACGGAAAGGGAAAAGUGAGAAUUACAUUAGUAACAAAGAACGACCCAUAUAAACCUCAUCCUCAUGAUUUAGUAGGAAAAGACUGCAGAGAUGGCUACUAUGAAGCAGAAUUUGGACAAGAACGCAGACCCUUGUUUUUUCAAAAUUUGGGCAUUCGUUGUGUAAAGAAAAAAGAAGUAAAAGAAGCUAUUAUUUCAAGAAUAAGGGCAGGAAUCAAUCCUUUCAAUGUCCCUGAACAGCAGCUGCUUGAUAUUGAAGAUUGCGACCUCAAUGUGGUGAGAUUAUGUUUUCAAGUUUUCCUCCCUGAUGAACAUGGUAAUUUGACAACGGCUCUACCUCCUGUUGUCUCUAACCCAAUUUAUGACAACCGUGCUCCUAAUACUGCAGAAUUAAGGAUUUGUCGUGUAAACAAGAACUGUGGAAGUGUCAGAGGUGGUGAUGAAAUAUUUCUACUAUGUGAUAAAGUUCAGAAAGAUGACAUAGAAGUUCGGUUUGUGUUGAACGAUUGGGAAGCAAAAGGUAUCUUUUCACAAGCUGAUGUACACCGUCAAGUAGCCAUUGUUUUUAAGACUCCACCAUAUUGCAGAGCGAUAACAGAACCAGUGACAGUAAAAAUGCAGUUGCGGAGACCUUCUGACCAGGAAGUUAGUGAAUCUAUGGAUUUUAGAUAUCUGCCAGAUGAAAAAGAUACUUACGGUAAUAAAGCAAAGAAACAAAAAACAACUCUACUUUUCCAGAAACUGUGGCAAGACUGCGCAGUCAAUUUUCCUGAAAGACCUAGACCUGGUACCCUAGUAUCAACUGGAGAAGGAAGAUUCAUCAAAAAAGAAUCUGGAAACUUUUCUCAUGGUGCAGUUUUGACAGAAAUGCCCAGGACUUCAGGUGUUUCAAGUCAAGCAGAUUCCUACUAUUCCUCACCUGUGUCCAUCUCAAAUGCACUGUCACAUCAUGCUUCACCCAUACCUUCGAUGGUGUCUCAGCCUUCUUCCAGCUGGUCGUCAGGGGCCCACCCCACCUCGCGCACAGUCAGUACAAAUCCACUGAGUGGUUUUUCAACAGGGACACUUCCCUCUAAUCCACAAGGUAUCUCGCCAUAUCUGGAAAUGCCUCUUGAGCGUGAUUUGAAUGCCUCUAAUGCUUGUAUUUAUAACAAUUCGAAUGACAUAGGCAGAAUGGAAGCACCAUCCAUGUCACCAGCUGAUUUAUAUGGUAUUUCUGAUGGCAACAUGCUGCCGAAUUGCCCUAUGAAUAUGAUAACACCUAGUAAUGACAGCAUGAGGGAGACUGAUAAUCCGAGACUUGUGAGCAUGAAUCUUGAAAACCCCUCAUGUAAUUCGGUGUUAGACCCAAGAGACUUGAGACAGCUCCAUCAGAUGUCCUCUCCCAGUAUGCCAGCAGGCGCUGGCUCCAGUACGGCUGCGUUUGCUCCACAGCCAGAGGCAUUUGAGAGAUCUGACUUCAACUGCACAGAUAACAGUAUGAUAAAUGAGGCAGGACCAUCAAACAGUACUAAUCCAAACAGUCAUGGUUUUGUUCAUAGUCAGUAUUCUAGUAUUGGCGCUAUGCAGAAUGAGCAAUUAGGCGACUCAUUUGCAUUUGAUUUUUUUCAAGGUAACUUGUAAAAGUUAAUUGGU